AUGACCGUGCCAGACGAGGCUGAUAUCAUCAUCUGCGGAGGUGGCAGUUCAGGAUGUGUUCCUGCUGGGCGUCUUGCCAACCUCGACCACAAACUCCAGGUGCUGGUGAUCGAGGGAGGGGAGAACAACCUUAACAACCCCUGGGUCUACCGUCCUGGUAUCUACCCACGCAACAUGAAACUCGACUCCAAAACGGCUACCUUCUACUAUUCCCGCCCCUCUGAGUGGCUUGAUGGCCGCCGAGCCGUUGUCCCAUGUGCCCACAUCCUCGGAGGAGGCAGUUCGAUCAAUUUUUUAAUGUAUACCAGGGCCUCGAAAAGUGACUACGACGACUUUCAGACGAAGGGUUGGAGUACCAAGGAGCUGAUUCCGUUGAUGAGAAAGCAUGAGACGUACCAGCGAUCUUGCAACAACCGGGAUCUCCACGGAUUUGAGGGACCUAUCAAGGUUUCCUUUGGCAACUACACUUAUCCCGUCAUGCAAGACUUCCUCCGGGCCGCUGAGAGCCAGGGCUUCCCCAUCACGGACGACCUCCAGGAUCUCACGACCGGCCAUGGGGCGGAGCAUUGGCUGAAAUGGAUCAACCGGGACACUGGCCGGCGUUCGGACGCAGCUCACGCCUAUAUCCAUGCAACCCGGGCCAAGUACGAGAACUUGCACCUCCAGUGCAAUACCAAGGUCGACAGGGUUGUGAUCGAGGACGGCGUGGCAGUUGGCGUCUUGACCGUGCCUACCAAACCCGUGGGUGGAGCCGAGCCGCCUCGCCGAUUCUGGAAGGCUCGCAAGCUCAUCAUUGUCAGCUGUGGCACUCUGAGCUCGCCGCUGGUCCUUCAGCGAUCUGGCAUCGGCGACCCAGAGAAGCUCAGGAAAGCUGGGGUCAAGCCCGUUGUGGAUCUGCCAGGCGUCGGGCUCAACUUCCAAGACCACUACCUCACCUUCUCCACCUACCGGGCGACCCCUGAGACCGAGUCCUUCGACGACUUUGCCCGCGGGGUGCCCGAGGUGCAGAAGGCGGUGUUCGACGAGUGGAACCUCAAGGGCACCGGCCCUCUGGCGACCAACGGGAUCGAAGCCGGGGUCAAGUCUCGACCGACCGAGCAAGAGCUCGAGGAGAUGAAGUCCUGGCCCACUCCGGAUUUCAGCCCCAGCGGGUGGGAAAACUACUUCAAGAACAAGCCCGACAAGCCGGUCAUGCAUUACAGCGUUAUUGCCGGCUGGUUUGGCGACCAUCUCGACAUGCCGCCCGGCAAGUUCUUCACCAUGUUCCACUUCCUGGAGUAUCCCUUCUCGCGCGGCUUCACCCACAUCAUCUCUCCAGACCCAUACGAUGCCCCCGACUUCGAUGCCGGCUUCAUGAACGACAAGCGCGACAUGGCUCCCAUGGUCUGGAGCUACAUCCAGUCCCGCGAGACCGCUCGCCGCAUGCAGGCCUAUGCCGGCGAAGUCACAGCCAUGCAUCCUCACUUCAGCUACGACUCGCCCGCUCGAGCCCUCGACAUGGACAUCGCCACACGCAACCAGUACGCCGGGCCCAACCAUAUCACGGCCAACAUCCAACAUGGAAGCUGGUCCAGUGCUGUCGACCCGGGCAAGCCUGCCGAGCCCAACCUUCUUAACUCGAACCGGUGCCCGUUCCGCGAGCCGCUCAAGUACAACAAAGAAGAUAUUGCUCACAUUGAGAAAUGGGUCCAGCGCCACUGCGAGACCACCUGGCACUCUCUCGGAACCUGUAGCAUGGCUCCAAGAGAGGGCAACGAUGUCGUCAAGCAGGGCGUCUUGGAUGAGAGAUUGAACGUCCACGGCGUCAAGAACCUGAAGGUCUCAGAUCUCAGUAUCUGCCCGGACAAUGUUGGCUGCAACACUUACUCCACUGCUCUGCUCAUCGGCGAGAAGUGUGCCAUCCUGUCCGCCGAAGAUCUCGGCUACAGUGGUGCUGCGUUGGACAUGAAGAUCCCGUCAUACCACGCCCCCGGAGAGAGCCCGGGCCUGGCUCGCUUGUAG